AUGAUAUUUGAGAUGAAGAGCAAAAAAGCUGCGGGAGGGGCGGGAGGGACGGAGCGCGGCGUCCCUGGGGCUCUGAGGUACACACAGGGACGCGCCCGGGUCUGGCUUCCGUCGUUUCCAAAAAUCAGCUACACUUCCCUGCCCUCCCGCCAUCCUUCCCCCCAGAUUGUUUGUUUCUUCACCCUUCUUUCCUCCCCGCCAGGUGCUACAACAGUCCCGCCGGUAAGUUACAGCAAAGAAACGGAAUUGAAAACGACCCUGAUAGAGCUGCUCAUCUACAUCACGUUCCUGGUAACCCUCAGCCUCAUGACCUUCGGCAUGGUGAGCACCAACAUGUAUUACUUGAAUAAGGUAAUGGAAGAUCUCUUUGUGGAACAGCCUUACUCCGAAAGCGACGGGAUUAAUUUCAGGAGUAUCAGGAGCCACGCUGAUUUCUGGAAAUUCGCAGAGGGACCGCUCUUGGAUGGACUCUAUUGGAACACGUGGUAUGACAACAGAACCAUGACCGACCUGGAAAACACCAGCUACAUUUUCUAUGAGAAUUUACUGUUAGGAGUAGCCCAGAUCCGCCAGCUGAAGGUGCGCAACAACACCUGCACCAUCUACCCCUACUUCCAGCCUUUCCUAAAGAGCUGUUACUCCCACUACAGUUACGAAGCUGAAGACAAGUCCGACUUUGGUCUGAAGAAUGAAACUGAAUGGAAAUAUGUUUCUGCCUCCUCUUUCUCCCCGUGGUACUGGGGAUCCAUGGGCUUUUACGGAAGUGGAGGAUUUAUAUUCACCUUACCGAGAUCGAAGCAGGAGAGCAUGGAGAAGCUGGCAUUUCUCAGGAAGAAUGGUUGGAUCACUCGGGGAACCAGGGCUGUAUUUAUUGAUUUCUCAACAUUUAAUGCUAACAUAAACCUCUUCUGUAUAGUCAGGUUGGUGGUGGAGUUCCCUGCCACUGGGGGUGCUCUCACCUCCUUUCAGAUACAGUCCGUGAAGCUCCUCAGAUACGUCUCCUAUUAUGAUUACUUCUUGGCUUCUUGUGAAGUUGCCUUUUGCCUCUUCAUCGUUACAUUCAUAAUCCAGGAAGUAAUAGAAAUAACAAGACUGAAAAUGAAAUAUUUCAGAAAUGCCUGGAACUGGCUGGAUAUGCUGUUGAUAAUGGUAUCCAUCCUUGCCAUUUGCUUCAAUAUCUACCGUACUAUAGAAGUGUCCCUGCUAAUGGAAGACCUCCUUUCUAAUGCUAAUGUUUAUCCAGAUUUCUAUUUCCUUGCAUUCUGGCAAGUCAUUUAUGAUAACAUGAUUGCUGUCAAUGUCUUCUUUGCUUGGAUAAAGAUAUUUAAAUACGUAAGUUUUAGCAAAACCAUGACACAAUUGUCAUCCACUUUAUCUCGCUGUGCCAAGGACAUCAUUGGAUUUGCCAUCAUGUUCUUCAUCAUCUUCUUUGCCUAUGCACAGUUCAGCUACCUCGUCUUCGGGUCACAAGUUAAUGACUUCUCUACUCUUCAAAACUGCAUUUUCUCACAGUUUCGUAUUGUGCUGGGAGAUUUUAAUUUUGAAAGCCUAGAAGUAAACAGCAUCCUUGGACCUAUUUACUACAUCUCAUUUGUGUUCUUUGUGUUCUUUGUCUUACUGAACAUGUUUUUAGCUAUUAUAAAUGACACCUAUUCAGAAGUCAAAGCAGAUUUUGCAGUGAUUCCCAAUCAAGAACUUCACAUCACAGACCUCUUCAGACAGAGCUACAAUAAAGCCCUUAUCAAGCUCAAAUUGAGGAAACCAGAUACAGAUCUAGGAGAUGAGAACCUGGAAAGAAGCAAGGAAUUUCCAUCCACUAAAGGAGAGGAUAUUUCCAAGCCUUCCAAAGCGGGCAGCACUCAUGAAAAGAGGCAUCCGAAGCCACCGAAGUUACGGAAAGGGAAAGAGAGUCACUCCAACUCAGUGGUUGCUUCUCAGAGCUCUGUCUUCCCUGAAGAAUUUCAGCAGCUCCUCAGACGUACAUCUGAGUUGGAGAAGGAAUUAAACAAUGCUAAUGGAAAACUCAGAAGGAUUAUGAAAAGCAUGCAACAGCUGAAGGACACUUCAGGCAAGACAGCACAGUAAAAUGGAUGAGCUCAUCUGGUAGCAGAGAUGGCCUUCUUCAUACAGCUGAAAUCCAAAGUCAAGAAAGAACAAUUCUUCCCCUACACCUUUACAAUUUUUGUGUGUUUAUAUUUGUGUAUAAAAAGUAGAACUGUUAUUAAAGGUAUGCUAAUGUAACUUCACAGUCUGGUCUGUGGGUUUCAGAUAGUUCUUCAACCUUGCUCUCACCAGACUUCUAAGUAGAUAUCCCUACAAAUUUCUUAAUCAGCUGCCUUAUUUUGGAGCUGCUGUGAGCCACUGAUGCAAGCUAGAGGCUCUAGUAACCAAGAGAGCUGAUAGCAAGCUCCCUGAGCCUGCCACAUACAUCUCUCUCAGUCUCUAGCUAUGUGGCCCAACAUAAUGUUUAAUUAUCAAGUAACAGUCCAACACGUGGCUCAUUAACCCUGACUCCCCAAGACCAUUUUCUUUAGCUCAUACACUGCUAGCAAUGGCAAUGCUUAUUUCUCAGCAAUUCUUUCAGGUACCUAUGGCUUCCACCACCACCAGCUCCCCCACCUCCAAAGCAAAAUUAGUCUUUCAGAAAAUAAGUCUUAGUUCUUAAUGGCUGGAACCGCUAGAGGGCAUUGUGUUUCAAACCUGAAUUCUUGGAAAAAAUUCUCUUUUUAUUCCAUUUAUACCCAUUGUCUUAGAGACCUGGGUGUUACCUUCCAGCCAGACACGAUCUACCCAUACGUAGCCAUUAAUCCACUCAUACGUAGCUAUAAAUAUUGGAGAGAUUCAGCCACAGGAAGAAACAAAACAGAAUAAAACACAUCCAAACACCAUCUGAGGAUGCCAUAACCAAUGUGCUAUGAAUAAUCCAUUUGUCAAGAGAAGAAGUAUCCUCCUGUCCAGAAGUGUGUGCAAUGACAGCAAUUACUAGCCACAAACACAGCAGUAAAUGCUACGCACGAUGCUUAUUUUGAGGCUGAGAGAUUAUUAAGGAUGAGAGACAAUCAAAUUCUGCUCAUCAGCUGCAGGUGUGUUCACUGGCAGUGAAUUAAUCAGCUUUCUGCCCAGACUCCUCCCAAAGUGGUUACUGCAGGACCAGAAAUGAUCAAGACUCACAGUUUGCCCCUGUACCAUCACAGCCCAGACUGGCAACUUAGCAGGACCUGCAGCCCCCACUGCAACAUGCCAAAAGCUAGAUGUGGAGCCAAUGUGGUCACUUGGCAGCUGUCUCUGCUGAGAGGCACAGUCUAAGGAGGUAAAAUGAGGCUUAAGCUGCUGCAGCUUCAUUAAGGGCUGUCUCAGCACCAGAGCCAGUAGCUCUGUUGGCAGGCUGUGUGACUCAAACCUGCCUGAGCAACAGACACUA